AUGGAAAGAAUAGAUGAUAAAAUUUUAUAUACCACAGUUUCAGCAGUGCUGGAGACCCUGGGAGAUGAGCAAAAUGUACGAGUGGCCCUCAUUUCACCUCACACUGCGAGGAAGUUGGUCAAGGAAUCUGUGGAUUCCGAGGAAGGAGGAAUACUGGACAGUCUGACCGACUCAAUACUGGUGGAUUUGCCCUUCAGAAAACUGCUGUAUGAGUCGCGAAAGGUACAAAGACUGUACUACGAACUGGACCAGAAAAACACGGAUUUAUACGGAAAAUCGAACACGCCAACCAAUUCACUAAUGCUCAUCGACCCAAUUAGACUGCUAAACAAUCUAAACAUGGAUAUGAAUCAGACCCAGAGAACGCUUUACAUGAAAUGCUUUUCGCCGAAAAUAUGGCUUAUAUUCCUAAGGCUCGUGAGCCUGGGGGUUGGAUCGAAGAUGAGAGAGCUCUACUGCUCUAAGAAAAAGAAAUCGAUGAGCGACUCGUUCCUGACGGACAUCGAGGGCUUCCAGCUCGGCCUGGUCGAGAUGGUGAUCCAGGUGACCACAGUCGACCUCAGACUGCACUCGCCGCUGGACAUAGAAUGUAAAAUACUGAGCGGCUGCGCAAACAUCAUCGCACUCUCACGGAAGCUGAAGGACACCUGGGACGGGUCCCUGGAGGGAAUGCCGCUCCUCUCGCAGCUCAUCCCGGACCUGGUCCGCUGCGUGUCACACAUCGACAAGAUUUUGGUGGAAAAGGGCCCGUGCCCCGAGUUCCUUCAGCCGACGGCGCUGGACAAGGCCACGACUGACGACAGCCCCUCGAUGCUGAGAGAAAGCCGACGGAACUGCCUGAGCGUGCUGAAUGCCGGUAUUACGAGGCACUUCAGACCCGACGACUCGGGAAACGACGAGUCUGACCCGUACGACGACUAUAAGACCCCGAUGUGGUACUGCGACGAAGGUCAAGACGGCCUGGGUGGCAGGAGCGGCUCAAACACGUUGUCGCUGCUGCAGGGCCUCAGCAGGUCCCUCGUGUCAGUCGCCACAAAAUCAGCUACUCUGAUAAGCCUGAUGAAGCUGAAGGUUCUCGAGGAUCGCCAGAGGGAGUUUGAGACUCCUGGCAGCUUCUCCUUCAUAAACAACGAGGUUCUGAGGACGGGCUUCCUGAGCUCAAAACUGGACGAGAACGAGGCCGUCCCCCUGCUGAUCCUCUGCCACUGCCUCGGAGCCUACUCCCUGAGGGAGUGGGUCAUGCGGUUCCUCGUGGACGUCAAACUCGACCUGAUAUGCCACUAUUUGGAGGACGCCGACCUUUCAGUCAACUCCUACGGCGUGAAGGAGUCCGCCUACUUCAGGACUGCCGGCCAGACCACCCCUAAGCUGGGAGACUACUUCACUCUGGUGCCCCGGGAGCUAAAGAGAUACAUGAAACAGCUAUCGAAUGCCUUUUGA